AUGAUCUUAUCCCCGGCAAGCUUGCUACUUGUUGCCAGCUUCGGAGUCUUGAUUGCUUCUGAAGUCGUGGAAGUGGACUUCCUUUUUCCGCGUAACGAAACAUAUGCGCCGGCCGAGUGGUUUCCAGUUGUCUUCGCCUUCCCAAAUGCCAAGCCACCGCAAAUUCUCAAGUCGAGUCUUUCUUACAGGCUAUGGAACACGGAUAACAUGACCGGCCUUGACCCAGAAAGUUUUACCUACGAUCUAUUGUGGUCAAAUUGGUCCCGUCACGACACCUACUUUGCAUACCACAUCUUCCAUAACAAAUUCGCGACGGAGGGUCGGUGGCGAGUAACUUGGAAUUUUGCCUGGGAAAGUUGCGAGGGGGACGAGAUCCGUUUCGAGGAUUACGGUCGUUUCAUCCAUAAUUACUCCGCUUGGGGCACUUCCUUUACUAUCAAGAAUUCUGCACAGAAGGUUGACCUUACCUCUGCCACAACAACAAACAGAACCUGCCCCGGGGACCAAGCGGUUGCUAUCAAUGCUACCGGCCAGACCAUGACAUCGCAUUAUGAUACCUCAUGCGGAGUAGUAGACUCCUCCAACCCGGCACCUAUGGCAGAUCGUUGUCGUGUCAAGGUUGACUCGACUACUGUCGAACGCAUGUCUGCGGACUGGAAAGAGAGGUUGUGUAGGAACGGCAGAGACACAUCAAUCGAUUGCCCGAAGGAGGAAAACAGCGCAGCUAAUCGACUGGUUGUUAUCGCCAGAUCCUGCUCCCUGGCUGCACUUGGGGCGUUUGGUUUCAUUUUU